AUGAGCGAUCAUCCGCUCACGGUCAUCGUGUGGAUGUUUGAUGAUGAUGAUGAUGAUGGUGGUGAUGGUGUUGAGUGCAGAUGGGUAGUGGGUAGGAAAGAGAAGCAGGAGUUGGAAGCUUUGAGCUCCGAAGUGGAAGACUCAGGUGUGUUUGCGACUUCUGCCACAGACGCUUCGCAAGGAAGGAGCAUUUGGAGCGACAUCAGCGCAUACAUCAAUCAUCCAGAUGAGGAGCUUCUAGAUUCGGCCAAUUCGGCAUCGAGAACACCGCACAACACGUUCAUUCCCCACGUGUUUCCAGGUCAACCCGAGUCAAAAUCGUCUCGUCCGGCUGUAGAGUCACCGAACAGCUCUUCUCCUACCUCUAAUGCGCGGCUUCCGAGAACACAUGAUACUACAGGUCCUGCUGUCAAACCCGUUGGCGAGCACAGCCUAGGGGUUGCGCCGCCUCAGGAUCUUGGCCAGACAGGGAUUCCUCCAAAUCUUACCAAAUCCCAAGCGCAAGCUCCCUUGCCGCAGGACAGUUUUGAUCCCUUUGACGAUUUCGCAAACUUUCUAGAUCUAAUCGGGUUCCCGGCCGAUUGGGCGCCCUUAGAUCUAGAAAUCGAAAGUCCUCUGGAAGGCCUCGAUGCUCUCAGCUCCGAACCACACGCGCCAGGAGAGAGCCAUAGCGACGAUAGCCCUUUCAAGUCUUGGUUGCCCUCUGUCCCAUCUUUGGGACACGGAGAGUACGCUUUUCAUGAUGCUGAUUCCUAUCACGUAGGCGAUAAUAGCUCUACCAUCCGAGUUGAUGAGUACAACAGGUCUUAUCUCAUGUCUCUCUUGGAGACUUACAAAGACAUCCUGCCAAACUUUAGACUCCCCUCACGGCACACUCUGACCCGGUAUAUAACUAGCUUCUUCCAGGGAUUUCAUAACCAUUUGCUGUUUAUCCAUUUACCGACGUUUCGAUUAAAUGACCAGUCACCUGAGUUCAUGCUGGCCAUGAUGGCGGCUGGAGCUCAGUACCGGUUCGAGCAUCAGAAUGCACAAAGGUUCUUUACUGCGGCCAAGGCGAUCGUCUUACAGAAAAUCGAUCCUACAUUCAGAGACCGGAGAAACACGGGGAUCUCUGAGCCGACGAAAAACGGCCGAGGUAUUGAUAAUAUGUCAGAAAUCGAUCUUAUCCGCACCCUGCUUGUUCUGAUGGGAUACUCGACAUGGGAAUGUGGGAGCUAUCUCCAAGAUGCCUUUCAGCUUCGAGACCUUCUCAUUUCCAUACUGAGGACCUCAGGCCUUGAUGAAACAGAUCAGGAUAAUACCGAGCAAGGCCAAUUGAAUUGGCGGAGCUGGAUACUACAGGAGACCAUCCGCCGGACCAAACUGGCUGCUAUUUUCUUUACGCAGGUUCACAGCGUUGCCUACAAUCUGUAUCCCACCAUCAGGAAUAAUGAAGUGAAGCUACAUCUUCCCUGUCCGACGAAGCUUUGGAAUGCGACCAAUCCUUACGACUGGGAUGUGAUCAUGAAGUUGAUUGAUAGGAAGCAAGCUUUUUAUCAUCAUGCAGUAUCCCAACUGCUACGGGAUACAGACUCAGUCAGCGUUAUUGAUCCAACGCCAUCGCCUUUAGGAAGCUACUAUAUUCUCCACGGCCUCCUCCAACGGAUUCACAUAGUUCGAGAACUGGCUGUCGAUCUGGGCGACUCUGCGGCACUUUUGCCCAGUGACGAACUGAACCGGCUUGAACGAGCAUUGAACCUGUGGUCAACCAUGUGGCAGCAGGCACCUGAGUCCAACCUAGACCCUUCAAAUGAGAACGGGCCCAUUCCGUUCACUUCAAGCUCUUUGCUUGCCAUGGCAUACGUCAGACUAUCGCUGAAUAUUGGCCCGUACAAGCGACUCGAGAGUCGAGAUCCGGAUAUCAUCGCAAAAGCGUUGAGCGACCUGCCGCCAGUUUGGCGGUGUGCUCGCUUGACCCCGGCCCUGAUCUAUGCCAUCCAUACUGUGAGCGUUCCUGUCCGGCUGGGACUAGAUUAUAUUGCAAAAAGCCAAGCCUUCUUCUGGAGUGUGCGACAUGCGUUAGCGAGCUUCGAAUGUGUGAUUCUUCUGAGCAAGUGGCUCCGGGCUGUGGCUGUGGACCAGAAUGGAACACUCAACACAAACGAGAAGCGCAUCAUUCGAUGGGCCCGCUUGGUUGUCGAGGAAGCUUAUGAUUCUAUGGAUACCGCCGAGGGGGAGGUGCCUGGGCGCGAACCAGCUGAAUUGGCUGCCGCAGUUUUGGGCAUAUGGUCUCGGUUUUUCAAGCAGAAUUCGCAGUGGAAGUUCAUCAACAUUCUUGGGGAGAGCCUUGAAAGAUACGCGCAGCUGCAGAUGUCCGGUUAA